CAUUUUCAAUUCUUCAAAUAAUACAACAACUCUCUAAUUCCAAACCUAAUUCUCAUUUCUACCAGUGGUUUAGCUAACUCUAAACAAUUCACAUUAACCAAUGGGUGCUGAGAAAGAAGUUGCUGAAAAGAAACCAGAAGCUGCCGCCGCCGCAGAGAAAAAAGAUGACGCGAAGGUCGUAUCUGUUUACAAAAUGGAUAUGCAUUGCGAAGGCUGUGCAAAGAAAAUUAGAAGCGCAGUUAAACAUUUAGAAGGUGUGGAGUCGGCGAAAACCGAUUGCGACGCGAAUAAACUGACGGUUACCGGAAAAGUUGAUCCGGCGAAAGUUAAGGCGAGGCUUGAGGAGAAAACUAAGAAGAAAGUUGAGAUUAUUUCUCCACUACCUAAGAAAGACGGUGAUAAAAAACCUGAUGAGAAAAAACCAGACGACAAAAAACCUGACGAGAAAAAACCUGAAGAAAAGAAAACUCCUCCUAAAGAGAGUACUGUCGUUUUGAAGAUCAGAACACACUGUGAUGGUUGUGUUUCCAAGAUGAAGAAGAUCAUUUUGAAAAUCAAAGGUGUUGCUAGCGUUACAGUGGAUGCACCUAAAGAUUUAGUAACAGUCAAAGGAACAAUGGACGUGAGUUCGAUGGUUUCUUAUCUCAAGGAUAAACUCAAAAGAGCCGUUGACGUUGUUCCUCCGAAAAAAGAGGAGCCGAAGAAAGAAGCCGCCGCCGCCGCCCCUGCCGGUGGUGAGAAGAAAGAUAAGGAAGGCGGAGGAGAAGCCAAAGCUGAGAAAAAAGAAGGCGGAGGAGACAAAAAAGAAGCAGCUCCCGUUGCAGCAGCGCCGGCGCCGAGUGGUGCUAAGAUGGAGAUGAGUAAAUUUGAAUAUUAUCCAGCACCAGCGCCGACUCAUUGGUUAGAAGGAGUGUUUGGACACAGUUACAGUGGUGAGCCCCAUCAUCAAGGAUAUUACCCGGAAAACCAUCAAGCGUACCCGGUAAUGAACCACGGGCAUGGAUAUAUCCAACAAGGAUACGUACAACAACCGGGUUAUGUUAUGGAACCAAUGUACAACCACCCAAUGCAUGCACCACAGAUGUUCAGCGAGGAGAAUCCGAACGCGUGUUCUGUUAUGUAAAUAAGGAUAAAUAACAGGGAGAGAAAAGUAAAUAUAAGAAGAAAAAUAAUAAUCGGAGUGAAUAGUAGAAUUUUGUCUUAGGUAAAAUUAAAUUAAACGAGUAGAGGAAUUUUAACGUUGUACCCUUGCCGGCCGGCGUAAUGGUCUUGUCGGUUUAGUUGGUUGUUAUUUUGUUUACUUUGUUAUUUUAAUCAAUUUUAUAAUUAACAUUUCUUA